AUGGCGUUCCUUCGUCGCUCUACCUCCGUCCUUGCCAUCCUGUGCUUGUACGUCUUGACGCUGUCACGGUGUGAUGCACUCAGCAAAAGACAGGUCGUCACGACCCCGAGCAUCCCAGAUGGCCACUGGGUCGACACGUGGACGGCCAUGCCGCAAUUGACAGAGUACACCAACCUUCCCCCAUCUCCAUAUAACACUUCCACCGUGAUCUUCUACAACAGCACCAUCCGCCAGACACUGCACACGUCGACGGGAGCCUCGCAGAUCCGGAUCCGCAUCUCCAACGCAUUUGGCCUGACCGACCUGCCCGUCACCGGCGUGUCGAUAGCUCUACCGUACAACGGCUCAGCUGGCGUCAGCGCGAUCCAACCGUCCACUCUGCAGACCGUGACAUUCAGUGGCGGUGAGACCUCCAUAAUCAUCCCCGACGGCGCCCUAGCGGUCUCGGAUCCAUUGGACUUCCCCGUCGAACCACAGUCCAUGGUCACGGUGACAAUGUACCUCGCCACAGGGCAGGAAGGCACAUACAUCACCAGUCACCCCGGCAGCCGGACCACAUCGUGGAUGACGCUGGGUAAUCAGGUUGCUGCGACGAAUCUGACCGGACCGUCGCUGAACAGUACUGCUCACUGGUACUUCCUCUCCGCCGUCGAAGCAUGGUCCCCACCAUCUUAUCGAGCCUUUUCAAUCAUCGGGGACAGCAUCACAGAUGGCCGAGGCAGCGACACGGACAAGAAUAACAGAUGGACCGAUCUUCUUCUCUCCCGCCUCCAAUCCAGCGGCGACCCCACGCUCACCUCCCUCGCCGUGAACAACCAAGCCGCGGGCGGCAACCGCAUCCUCGAAGACGGUCUGGGACCCAGCGUCCUAUCCCGCAUCGACCGAGACGUCCUUGCGCACGUGGGCGUCAAAUACGCCAUGAUCUUCGAAGGCGUCAACGACAUCGGCACUGCGGACGAAACCAUCGCCAACCAGACAGUCACGUACGACCGCCUCAUCUCCGCGUACAAGCAGAUCGCGACGCGGAUCCACGCGUUCAACAUCCCGCUGUUCGCAGCGACCAUCACGCCCUUUUCGGCUCCCGGCGGCAACACCACGCUCCAGCCGUACACGAGCAGUUUGCGGGAGCAGACGCGGCAGAAAGUCAAUGACUUCAUUCGCAACUCGGGCACCUUUGAUGCGGUUCUGGAUUUCGACGCGGUCUUGAGGAACCAGACUGUGCCAAGUCAGUUGGCGGAUGCGCUGCAGUCGGGCGACUAUUUGCAUCCGAACGAGGCUGGGUAUCAAUUGUUGACAGACUCGUUUGAUUUGACUUUAUUCGGGAAGUAUGCGAACGGGGUUGCGGGAUUUGUCUGA